CUACAAGUUGUACCAGCCAAUAGAGCGUGUUGAAGAUUUUACUGCAGUUAAAUCUCGGUUCCAGAUGAAGUAUUAGUAUACAAAGCUCCGUUUUUCGCUCUCCAAGGGCGAAAAACCUGUUUUGGCAAUUAUUGACAGCUAUCAGUUUCGUCAUGGAACGAAAUACAUGUCAUUACUUAGUUUAGAUCUAUGACAGAUAAUACCUGGUAAAAGUCAGUAUUCUUGUUUUGCCGUAGUAUUUUGUUUGACUUGAAGUUCAACCUACAUAUUUCAUAAAGUUACUUGAACCAUCAUGGCGUUAAGUGUAUUGUUGAAAAAUACUCUCCGUCAACCAUUAUUAUUAAGGAAAACACUGACAAGUUUUCACCGGUUCUUAUUAGAGGAAAGGAAAACAGACAUUAGUGGACAUGAGGCGAUCGAUGGAACGAUGUCAGAUGUGAGAAAGAAUCUCAUGAAACUGAUGGGAAUAAAAGUUGGCUAUUCACCAUUGCAACCAUCGCGUGAACACUUGCUGAAACUUUUACCAGCGUCGCAGGAUGAACUACCGCCACGAUCAAUGCAAGACAGUUUUUCAGCUGCUAUUUUACCAUUGAGUUCUGAUCUAGUAUUGCAAGAAAAGUAUGUUGCAUUUUUGGGGAGUGUUCGAUUAGGGAGGCUCAUGGAAGAUAUGGACCUGUUUGCAGUUUGGAUUGCCAGCAAGCACUUGCUAAAUCCAAAGAUGAAAGAAGGGGAUAUUCUACCUCAUGUAUUGGUCACUGCUCUAGUAGACAAAGUUGACUUUACAGACUAUAUUCCUAAGGCAACUGGAGACAUUCGACUUUCUGGUCACGUUUCAUGGGUAGGCAAUUCAACGAUGGAAGUUGUAGUCUGGCUGGAGCAAAAGGAUCAAAAUAAUUGGCACAAAUUGACUCGAGCCUUAUUUUUAAUGGCUGCAAGAAAUUCUCUAAACACACGUUCAGCGUUUGUCAACAAAUUGGUCCCCGCGUCCGAGCAUGAAAUGCAAAUACUCCAAGGUGGUGAAGCAAGGAAAAGACGAAGACAAGAAGUUCAAACGCAGUCAUUGAUAAAAAUGGUCCCUACAGUUGAGGAACAACAAAUUAUUCACGAUGUUUUCAUCAAAACGAUAGAUGUAAAACAUUAUUUGAGCAGUAGACGAACUUUACCUCCAGGCUCAGUUUGGAUGGAAUCUUCGGAAAUAAGCAAUUUGAUUUACAGUCACCCAGAAGAUAGAAAUUAUCACAACAAGGUAUUUGGAGGAUUUCUAAUGCGACAUGCGCUCGAACUUAGUUGGUCAUCAGCAUUGUUUUUCGGCAAACAAAGGCCACGACUGAUGCACAUCAGUGACAUUGUCUUUCAUCAGCCUGUCGACGUCAGUUCUAUCAUCAAAAUGUCUUCUAACGUCGUAUAUACUGAGCACAACCUGAUGCAGAUAGCUGUAUAUGCAGAGGUUUAUUCACCCGAUAACGACGCAGUUGUUACCACAAACGAGUUUCAUUACACGUAUCAGAUAAAUGAUAAAUGUAAAGUUGUCCUUCCAAGAACUUACCACGGUAAGUUUCAAACGAUUAAUCGAUAUUCCUUUUUGGAUCUUCUUCUGUACCUCAAAAGGAAUAAACUCAUAAUAUUUAUUAAAUUUACCAUCAUUUUCCAGAGGCAAUGCAAUAUUUGAAUGGCCGGCGAAACUUCCAACGUGUAAUGGGACUAUCACGGGAAAAAUAGAGAUAAAAUGUGUCGCAUUGACCGCAAAAUUUGAAUUUUAACUAUAAAUUUAAUUUUGACUUGACGAAAACGUAUUGAUGUGAAACAGCGUAACUCCUUGUCAAUUUUUGAGAUCGUAAUCAGCGUUGAAAGUGCAAUAAAUGAUUCGAAAAUGGCGUUCGAUCAAUCAAAUUAUAGUCUUCAAAAUCGAUUCUUAAUUUCUCAUUCUUCGUCAAAUCGAUAAAUAUAAUUACGAUUUUUAUCUUAAUAUACCUCAUCUCAGAAUUUCAGACACUUUGUGUCAUUGCUGCUAUUAAUACUUAACCCUCUGUACUUACAUGUACGUACUUAUGUAAUAUUAACGUAUACAUUAUAUAUAUAUAUAAUAUAAAUAUAUAUAUAUAUAUAUAUAUAUAUAUAUAUAUAUAUAUAUAUAUAACAAGAU